AUGGGUAGAAAACAUCACGUCCACCCAAGACCAGACUUCGUGAUGAGAACGUUGUUACUUGGACCAAAUUUCAACGUACAGAAUAAAACAAAAAUCCCAUAUGUGGAAAUAGUGGCAGGGAUCGAGAAAGGGAUACGAUCAAAAGAGAAUGCGGACGAGAUUCGGGGGGAAAUUUCUACAGCAAUAACGAACCAUAUAAAUUCCACGAGACAACCGAGGCACGGCAAGCUGGAAUGGAUGGAAAAGGACAUUUCGGCGACAAAACAGUACCUGAAGGAACACCCAAAUCUGAUCAUCACAAAGGCGGACAAAGGCAAUAAAACAGUAAAAAUGGAAGCUGAAAACUACCACAUGAAAAUGAUGGAGUUGCUAAAUGAUAGGGAGACAUACCAGAAAUUGAAAAAAGAUCCGGCCAAUAAGGUACAAAAAGCCAUCAACGCAAUGGCCGAUGGGUGGCUGCAACAUAAGUACAUAGAGAAAAGCAGCCACCGAAGCAUCAAAUCAUCGAGUAGCAACCCACUCCGGAUAUAUGGAUUACCUAAAAUUCAUAAGGAAGGCAUACCGUUGAGACCGGUUGUUUCAACAAUCGGUUCGGCAACAUACAACAUGGCUCAGUUUUUGUCGAGCAUAUUGGGUAACAUUGUUGGGAAAACCGAACACCAUGUGAAAAACAGCUUCGAGUUUGCCCAACAAGUAGCAGGAAUGCAGAUUCCCGAUGAGCAUGUCCUGUUCUCUUUGGAUGUCAAGUCGCUGUACACGAAUAUUUCAGUACAAUUUGCGUUGGAGUGUAUAAGGGAAAGGUGGAGCGAGGUGGAGGAGCACACGAAGAUCGACAGACGAAGCUUCCUGGCAGCGGUUAGGUUGGUAUUGGAUUCAACGUACUUUACCUAUCGUGGAACCUACCACAUGCAAAAAUUCGGAGUACCAAUGGGAUCACCUCUAUCGCCGGUGAAAGCCAACCUUGUGAUGGAACGCCUGGAACAGGAGUGUAUGUACAAGGCAGAGCAGAAACAAAUAGGUAUGCUUGUGUAUAGGCGGUACGUAGAUGAUUGCUUUUGCAUCGCACGGGAGGGUCAUGUUGACCAAAUUUUGGCAACAUUUAAUGAUUUUCACGACAGGCUUCAGUUUACCGUGGAAAGGGAGGAAAGUGGUCGGCUUAAAUUCCUGGACAUGAUGCUAAUUAGAAGAAACGGAAUUGUGGAGAAGAGCUGGUUACCCAAACAGGAAAAAGGGCGGUAUUUGGACUUCAACUCUGAAAGCCCAUUUACGCAUAAGCGCAACACGGCAGUGGCCCUUGUGGACAGAGCAAUCAAAUUGACUGAUGCGGAAAAUCGUCCGCAGGCGAUAAAAAAGGUCAAAAAUAUUUUGAAAUGCAACAACUAUCCUGAGUGGUUCGUCCAAAACGUUCUGGCACAAAGGGUACACAAACACUACAACGAACUUCAAAAUAAUGGUGAAAAAGAAGAGACCAAAUAUGUUACGACGCCGUAUGUUCCAUGCUUGAGUUUGACGGGUUGA